CAAGAGACAUAUGGAAUGGUGUUCAACAGCAAGUUCAUAUCAACGCUCUGACGCCCAAUGCUCAUCGAACAUUACACAAUGCCGGUCCUGUCCUUGAACACGAACGAGGCCUUUGAACCUCGCUCCUAUCUGCAAGAGUCUGAGGACCGAGCAGCAAUUUCCAGGACAUCACUCAGUGGACGGACUGUGGGAGGGGACUGCAACUACUUUGAAGCACCGAGCCACGCAGCAGCAGACCAAGAGUACUCGCCCCGAUCAACACGGCUGACACGAGAGAGUCUCGAUAUUCUGGAAGAAAACCAUGCAUUCAGCUCCGCCGGCUUGCUCGGAACACACUACGAGAUCACCAAGCAGCAAACCCAAGUCCAGCAGUGCGGCGUGGACAACCAAACCCCAGAAACCCCUUUCACAGUGACCAGGCUUCCCUCGCAGCGUGCCAGCCUUGCGUACUCAGGAACGAGGAGCGGACGCCCGACAAGAACAGCGUCAAACUCCAGUCGCCAGACAUUGGAGAUGACACAGCCUCUGCUUGACAUGUCCCCGUCACCUCCAAGCUACUCGUCGUGGCGCAGAGGAUUCGGGCAUGGUGUCAAGAUACCUCCUGGUGUGCCGCUGAUCAACAUGGCCCGGAAUCCAAUCCCUGAAAUGUAUGCGAUGCCACACAGGCUGUCCAUGUCGUCCAAGAGCUCCUCAACAUACCCCCGCGCAUCCGGCAGCGUCAAAGACACAUCGCGCGGUAACAGCCUCAUGCGACGACCGACGGCGAAAGCAGAUGCAGUGGUAGAGGGCAGACGUUCGAAAUCCUCCUUUGAGCAUACACUGAGGCGUCAUUCUUCGACUUCGGAAUCGGCAAAGAUGUGCCGCAUGCCUCGGGGCGAUGGCUUCCAACAACAGCAGUCGGAGCUCUCGUCGGUUGUUGAGGACUCUGUCGCUUUCGACGAUGAAAAUGUACCGCUGCUCGAUGUGAUAAGUCGUAGCGGAAGGCGUUUUUCGACACUGCGACCUAGAGAAUACGUUGGUCGGCGUGGGACGUUGAAAUACGUGUGAUUGUCGAGCAGAGGGCGGACGGGUGGUCGUUGAGUAUUCUCUGCUUGUCCUUUGACAGAGCCAUCGUGUGCUGUGUGUUUGUUGGGUGGCUUGUUUGGAUGUUGUUGUCUUGCAACGACGACACUGUGCACACUGAGUUGCGCGUCUUGUGUCUG